AUGGGCGGAGUCCGAGGAGGAACAUGGAGUGGGUGGGCGGGGCCCGAGUGGGGAGCGAGCGGGGGUGGAGCCAUCGCGGGGGCGCGGAGGGGCUGGGGGGAAAAGUUUGGGGCUCUUGUCAAAACUCGUGUCUCCCUAACUUCCUGGGCGGCCGGGGGGGGCGGUCUCCACCCCCCGGCCCGUAGCGGGGCUGGGGGCGCCGACGGUGCUGUGUCCCGAGGCUCACCGCGCCCUCUUAUCUGCACCCCGGCUCCCUUCUCGGAUUUGACUUGUGAUUUCUGGCUGCACUGCCUUCCGCAGAUUAAAUACACCGGCUUCAGGGACCGGCCGCACGAGGAAAGGCAGGCGAGGUUCCAGAAUGCCUGCAGAGAUGGGCGCUCGGAAAUAGCUUUUGUGGCCACAGGAACCAAUCUGUCUCUCCAGUUUUUUCCGGCCAGCUGGCAGGGAGAGCAGCGACAAACACCUAGCCGAGAAUAUGUCGACUUAGAAAGAGAGGCAGGCAAGGUAUACUUAAAGGCUCCAAUGAUUCUAAAUGGAGUUUGUGUCAUCUGGAAAGGCUGGAUUGAUCUACAGAGACUGGAUGGUAUGGGUUGCUUGGAAUUUGAUGAAGAACGAGCCCAGCAGGAGGAUGCCUUGGCCCAGCAGGCCUUUGAAGAGGCUCGGAGAAGGACACGUGAAUUUGAAGACAGAGACAGGUCUCAUAGGGAGGAAAUGGAGGUGAGAGUUUCACAGCUGCUGGCAGUAACUGAGAGUCAGAGCCCUAGAAUGCUGGAGCUGGAAGGGACACACCAUAGAGAACACCUAGUCCAAAUCCCUCAUUUUACAGAAGAAGAAACUAUGGUCCAGAGAGGCAAGAAGACAACAAGACCCUAGUCCUGGUUCCAAUUUAGGUAGUGGGGAUGAUCUCAAACUACGUUAAUUAGCAGCAAGAACACAUGUGCCCAUCAAUCUUGACAUAUAUAUUGCUUCAACUUAGCAGAGAUAAUUGAGUAAAAGACCAGAAACUGUGAGAACUGGAUAGACUAUGGUCUGUUUCCUGACCUUAAGCAGUCACAGGCAUCAUGAACUGCCAUGGUUUGCACUAUGUUCAUGUUAUAGUAUAA